AUGCACUACAGAUAUAUUUGGAGUUUGUGUCCCCUUCCUUUGGGUGGCCAUGAAAGAUGAAACUGAGCACUAAAAUAAAAAAGGAUUAGGAAACAAGUAUAGAGCUCUAACAUGAGCUGCUCUUUCAGCUUCCAAAUCACCAAGGCUUUGCCUUGUCUCCCUCAGCCUCAGUGCAGAAAAUCCCCUCUCUGUAUUCAAUCUAAAUACAAACCGAUCCAAUCAGCCAAGCUUGAUAAGCAGAAAGUUGCAUGCAUCAGUGGAAAGCCUGAAGACUACAAUGAUGAGAAGAAGUUCAGCUUGGCAGUUCAACUUGGUGCACUUUUUGCCGCUGUUGAGCAGCCAGCAUUAGCAGUGACUGGAGUGAAUAAUGAGGAGGAUUUGACAUGGGUUUUGAUCCAAUGGGCAAUUGUUGCCUUUUUCUAUUUCCUCGUUAUGCCACCAAUAAUCAUGAACUGGCUUAGGGUGAGAUGGUACAGGAGAAAGCUUUUUGAGAUGUACUUGCAGUUCAUGUUUAUCUUCAUUUUCUUUCCAGGGAUACUACUUUGGGCACCAUUUCUGAACUUCAGGAAAUUUCCAAGAGAUCCAUCCUUGAAGUACCCAUGGUCUACACCUGAAAAUCCGUCACAAAUAAAAAAUGCGUAUAGCAAGUAUCCUUAUGCUACGCCGGAGGAUUAUGACUGAAAAUUGCUGACACUUCUUUUACGAUUUAGGGCCUUGGAGUCCUAGGAAAACUCCCUUGUAUCAUAUAUCUUUCGUGAAAUUUUCAUACAAUUGUUUGAUUUGAAUUCUGAAUUCUUGCAAACCGCAUCAUUUCUUCUCUUACAUUUCUCUAGUCAUGUCUCAGAUGAUGAGAGAACUGGAAAUUUGUGUGGAUGCAUCUUCUGUUGACAUUAAUUCUAUCGAUAAUUUUGCA